AUGGCGCUUCCUGUCGUUCGCACCUUGACAGAAUGCGCUGACUAUUUCAGUACAGUCGCGCCCUACCUCGACCAGCUGAGGGCAGUUCCUCAGGUCUUCUUGGACUCUGUCGCAAACCCUGCCGCCCUCAAACAGCUCUAUCUCGAUACCAAUCCUCUCCUUACAUCCAUAGCAUUUGCCCUGGCCAUAUCCCCGAUCUUCCUGAUAGCUUCUGAGAUCAACCGGAACUAUUCUCAAGUCGACCGAUUUUGGUCUUUGCUUCCGACGGUUUGGAAUGUUCAUUAUGCGGUGUAUGGCCAUCUGGCUGGCGUUGACACCGCCAGGGUUGACGCUGCGGCCGCUAUCAGUGCUCUGUGGAGUGCUCGCUUGACCUACAAUUAUUAUCGCAAGGGUGGAUAUUCCAUAGGGAGCGAAGAUUAUCGCUGGGAAUUCGUCAAGGAAUACGCUGGCCCGGCGGCUUUCUUCGUUUUCAAUAUUGUCUUCAUCUGCCUCGCGCAGUGCCUUUUACUACUAUUUGUUACCACGCCGACAUAUGUUCUCCUUUUGACUGGACGACUAGCUAUCAACAAUUCAGCUACCCCAAGCUGGACAAUUCAAGACACGGCUGCAGCGGGACUGAUGGUCCUUGCAAUCUCUAUUUCCUACGUCGCAGACCAGCAGCAGUGGGAUUUCCAUCUCGCCAAGUCGGAGUACAAAACGACAGCAAAAGUCCCCAAAGGCUACAAACGUGGCGACCUUGAUCGCGGCUUUCUGACUAGUGGCCUGUGGGCGUAUUCCAGACACCCCAACUUUGCUGCCGAACAAAGUGUAUGGGUCACGCUUUACAUUUGGUCCUGUUUGGCCACGGAGACUUGGUAUAACUGGACUGGUGUCGGUGCCUUAUCUUACCUCUUCCUUUUCCAAUCCAGUACCUGGUUGACAGAGCUGUUGUCUUCGAGGAAAUACCCUGACUACAAGCUAUAUCAACGCAGCGUGGGAAAGUUCUUGCCAAUUCCUGGAGCGACCGCCAGUUUUCCAGAGACUACUUCACACCACGUUAAUGGCACUAUGCCAAACGGGAAAGAUGCGGCCAAAGCACGGCAAAGAUAUGACCUGCGAUAG